UUCUGAUUUUUUCACUUUUAUUUGUUGUGACUGCACAACAGCAGGACCCGUUACACUGUGACUAUUUCCUCUUUGAGACUGCAAACGAGGUGCUUUACACGUGUGGGAUAACUAUCGAUAAUCCGAAUGGCUUGAACGAUUUCACCGAAAUCAGUGGUGAGCAUCUUGUCGGAUAUACGAACGCCGACGUUGAACUUACGUAUCGAGCUGGUGGUGUAACGUCAAUUAUACCAAAUAUCAUUUGUGCGACUUUCCCGAAUCUCAAAAGGAUGGAAUUGUAUGAAAUUGGCUUGACAACAAUCAACGACAUCUCGUUUGAUCACUGUACCAAUGUCAAUCAGAUCAAUUUGACUGGCAAUAAAAUCAACUAUGUCUCAACGAAUGCUUUCUCUAAACUUCCCGGAUUGAUAAGCCUUGUGUUGGAAAGGAAUUUACUCACAACGUUACCGGCAAAUGUGUUCGCAAAUCUACUGAAUUUACGAUUUUUAUCGAUCGGUAACAAUCCCUAUCAACAUAUACCAACUCUUCUAUUUCGUCCGCUUGAAAAUCUUGGUGUACUCUACAUAGGCGAUGCCAACAUUACAGAAAUCAAUGCCGAAUGGUUUGUCAGCAAUUCUCGUUUGUAUGAAUUGUUUUUACAGGGGAAUAGAAUCGAAUCGUUAGAGAACAGCUUCAGUGGAUUGACAGAAUUGAUGUAUCUUACACUGACCUUCAACCGAAUCACCAACAUUCCAAUUGGAUCAUUUUCACAAUUACCAAAUCUUCGGAAUUUGUAUUUGUAUGGCAACAAUUUAACUGCAUUGAACGACACUUCGUUUCCAGAUCUGUCGCAUAUAACCACACUUGACAUCAGCGAAAAUCCCAUCGGUUCCAUCAACGGCAACGCUUUUCGUGGCCUCAACAGUCUCACAUCGUUAACCAUAAACAGUGCAAAAAUCACGCAACUCAACGAGGAUUCGUUCGAAGGUCUACAGAAUUUGGUGUAUCUUUCAUUGAACGAUAACGGAAUCGUGGACCUGCCAGAUAAUGUUUUCGAUCCAAUGCCAAACUUGUCCUACCUCAAUUUGUGGAACAAUCGUUUAGAGAGUGUGCGCGGAAAUAGUUUUGGAUCUGUGACAUCAUUGAGAACGUUGAAUAUGGCUAAUAAUGAGUUGAAUGCGCUAGAUCGUACUAUUAUCGAUAAUGCAACGAAUCUGUACACGCUGUAUAUGAUCGGAAAUUUGUGCGCAAACGGUAAUUAUGAUAACUUUAGCUUAAAUCGAUCUGAGCAUUUACUAGCACUUGAGACUUGUUUCGCCAACUAUAAUUAGACCAUGUUUUCCAAAUUGUCCAUGUUGAAAUGUUGAUGUUAAUAAAUUGCCAGAUUC